AUGUGGGCAAAGACAGGUGGUAUCAAGGUCGGCGACAUUGGCAACGGAUACUUCCAGGCUAUUUUCGACUCGCAAUUAGAUCACGAUCGUGCUUUAUACGGAGGACCAUGGACAGCGGAUGAUCAUUACAUUGCCGCUGAACCUUGGCGGCUGGACUUCGACCCUGAUUUCGACUCCAUCAACAGAGCUGCUGUUUGGGUAAGACUUCCAAGACUCCCUCUAGCCUACUUUGAUGAAGAGAUUCUCUAUGAUAUUGGUGAUAAAAUUGGGAGAGUCGAAAAGAUAGACUACAACACUGCAAAUGGAUCAAGAGGAAAUUAUGCACGCAUUUGCGUGGAGAUUGAUUUAAGGAAGAGGCUGGUUUCAAAGUAUAGAAUCAAAAGAAGAGUGCGUAGAGUGGAGUACGAAGGACUCCACACUGUUUGCUUUAGGUGUGGAUGCUAUGGGCACCUUGAAGAAGGAUGCACUCUGACUGACCAGAUGAGAAACAGCCCUGGGGAUGAAUCGAGCUCUCAGAGUAAACCACCCCAAAAGCAGGAAAUUCGACCAGAAAUUAUGGAGGACUUUGGGCCGUGGAUGCUUGCAACAAGAACCCGGAGAAAGACUAGACAAAUAGGAAACCAGAGAAAAGCAAAAGAGAAUCCAGUUAAGAAUACCAAGCAAGAGGAGACAGGAGCUGGAUCGAGAUUCAAUGUUCUUGAAAAUGAAGAUGAAGAUGAGGAAGAAGGCGAACAGGAAAUUAAUGAAGAGGAGAAUGAAGCCACCCAGCAAAGCUCCCCAGAGAGUCACAAAGAAGAAACAACAAAGAAGGUAAGCAACAAGGAAAGUAAGGUCAAUGAGAACAAGGGGAAAGAGAAACAAACGGAGCAGAAGGCUAAAGGGCAAGAACAAACUAAGAAUAAUUCUACGAAGAAGGAAAAGAAAGAUACACUCAAAGGGAAGAAACAGGAAGGUGGCCCCAAAAACUCAGAGAAGAAAGAGGAGACCCCUGCCGACCCUGGAGGUAAACUGGGCAUUAAAGGACGAAACAAAGAAGAGCCAAGAUCUGAUCUGCAGCAGAAGCAGCAGACCGCCGAGUCUUCUAUCCCCCAGAACCAGCACAAGAUGGGAAAUGAGAGGGGACAAGCAUCAGGAGCCCGAGCGGGGCAUCAGCCUAAGAUGCUCCAGUCUCCUACAACUAAGGACAGUAAGGAGAAAGCAAAGAAGAAGUCUAUCUCCCCUGAAAAUGGGAAAGGUCAACCGGAAAAAAUCAACUUUGAUUUGAGUUCGGGCAAUGACACUGCUCUGCCAGAAAGUGCAUCUACUCCUGUGAAAUCUGUUGUUGACAGAAACACAAGGAGGGGGGUGGUGGCCAUGGCCAUUGAUAAUUGA